UUAGUUGAAUAAUAGUUGGUUACAAAACCGGCAGGUGGACCGAGGAGUGGAUAUAUUUGGUAGAGAGAGGAGUUUGUAGGAGAAACAGAAGAUGGAGAACAUGGACCGGACCGUCAGUUUACCGAACCAGCCCGACAAAACCACCACAGUGACGCUGGUUGAGAGCAGCAGCACUCCCAGUGGCCUGGAACUGGUCAGCUCUUACCAGACCAACAGAGUGGGAGACCCCAUGGACCUGGUGGCCCUGGCAGCUCAAGUACAGAAGGGAGAUGAUUUCGUAAAAGCCAACGCGUGCAACAGACUGACGGUCAUCGCGGAUCAGAUCAAGUACCUACAAGAACAGGCCCGAAAGGUUUUAGAAGACGCAAAAAGAGAUGCGGACCUCCACCAUGCUGCCUGUAACAUUGUGAAAAAGCCAGGCACCAUGUAUUACCUCUACGAGCGGCCGUCCGGACAGAAAUACUUCUCCAUCAUCUCUCCUAAGGUUGGUAUCACACUGAUAACAUACAAGCUUGUUCAGCCUCCCUUACUGCUACGUUACUCUGGGAAGGAGUUACAAAAUGCAGCAUACCUGUUACCCAACAUACCCUCAGAGAGAGUCCUGUACUGACCUGUCAGUGCUGGA